AUGGGCCUUUUGAAACUAGGAAGUCUCUACAAAAAGAAGAGCAAGAAAGAUACAUUGCCACCACCGGUGCCUGCCCCUGUUGCACCUAAACUGGAGCCGAUUUCAUUGGGAUCGAAUCUUGGCCUCAACAACUCCUCCUCAAUUCAUAAUACCAAUACAAUAACAACCACAACAUUGCCUCAACAGCAGAGAAAUAUCAAUAACACACCUGCUGGAUCAGGAAGUCUAUUAGACGAUAUUUUUUCUGAAUUGACGACAACAAAGCCGGUAGCUCAACAAGAUGCCAUGCAGAACGACAUUUCAUUGGCUGUUGCCCUCUCACAACAGCUUCAAUUAGAAGAGAAGAAUAGCACAAAUGGGAUGAUGGGCACUAAGAAAGGAAGCAAUACCAUGUCGUCGACUAGCAACAACAGGAAUGAAGCAUCUUCCUCUAGCGUAGCAAAUUUCCUUUUAGGUAGUGACAGUAUCUACAGCAGUUAUCUAAGAAAUAUAUCAGCAUUGGAUCAGGAUCCAUCCACCACCACCAAUUCAACAUUCUCCACUUCCAUGUUUGAUAAUCUACUUGGUAAUAACAGGCAAGCAACCACCACUACCGCGUCUGCUGCUGCCACAAGUACCAACAGCAACAACAAUAACGCCAAUGUGCCCACCACUGCUACCAAGAUUGUACUGGAUUCGGAUAUCUCGGACUCUGACGAGGAUUCAAAAAAUGAUAGUGAAGACGAUAAUACGAGUCAACUACUAAACUACGAUGGAAAUCAACGUAUGACAAGAGGUGUACGACCUAUUAUGGAAAGACGAACGCAGGACAAUCGACUUUUGGUCCAACGUAAAAUCGACAAUUGGGCUAAUCGGGUAGAUCCUGAAGCCAAUCAAGUAGAAUCCAAUGAAUCCAUGAUCAACCGAAUGAAGGAUAGACAUAGAAAUCAGGUCAAAUUAGCGGCUUUGCGUCAACAGCAGCAAGAUCAGCAGCAACAACAUCCACAAUACAAUAUGAUGCCCCACCAUAUGGUAGCACAGCCUUAUGGCCCGGCUGCUGCUAUUCCUCUGUCACCAAAUGUCGUAUUACCACACCCAGGUAUGCUGAUGGAUCCAGCCCAAAUGUACUAUUCGACUCCUAUAAAUGAGUAUCCAGAGACGCCCGGUUCUCAUACGCAACCAACGCCACCACCACCACCUCCACCUGUACCAUUGCCUUCUGGCUUUUUACCAAAUCCAUCUCAUGCGACUUUGGCUAUUCCUCAUAAAGACAAAGAGGACAAGAAUGAUCAGCACAUGGCAGCAGCAGCAGCAGAGAGACCUUUCCCCUCAAAAAGCUAUUCCACUCCUACAUCGAGUUUGGGCCGUCCAAAACCAUGCAGAUCGCCACCAGCGAUGCCAGUAGCAGAAAUGACCCCUUCUUCAGUCAACAAUAGUGUGAGCAGCAGUAACGUAAAUAUCAAUGCUGCCAAUGCGCAAACACAGGAACCAUCACCUGUAUCCUCAUCUGUCACUUUACAAUCCUCACUUCCAACCGACGCGGAAGAUGAUCCCACAGAUGACACAUCUGCUAUGGUGGAAUCGCCUGUCAAGCAGGUGGAUGCCCAAUCUCCCACCUUGGAAGACGAAACAAUGGGAGCAGAAGCUGACGCAGAGAGCAGUGAUGAUGAAGAGAGAAAAUCUGUUAUUUUUCGCAAGAAAAAGUCCAUGAAAAAGCUGCGUCAAAAGCAGCAGCAAGGCAGUGUGGAUGGCAGUAGUGAUACAAACCAACGCCACAUACGAUCCUCAAGAUCAGUUCCCAAUCUGAAAAAGAAGCAAUCAUCUAAAAAGAUGAGCAAGUCCACCAGCCGAUCCAGCAGUAGACGCAAUUCACAAGAAACGUGUACACCUCCCUCUGAAUUGGUCAGCACGCCUCCUCCUUUGCCUUUGAAUUAUGAAGAAGAGCAUCAUUAUCAGCUACCACGUUCAUACAGCCAUCAGCAAAUGCAUCAAAUGGCUUCUCCUGUUCCUCCUUUACCACACACACAGUAUCAUCACCAGCAUCCACAGCAACAGAAUAGACAAUACCAACGUCAGUCAUUGAGACACAUGAAGAGCGAACCUGAGUUACCUAGAAAAAGUCAAUAUCUUCCAGCUCAACAGCAACAAUUGAAUAGUGAAUGGGAGCGCAUGCAAGUGCAUCAAAGAGAGCAGCAACUCAAGAAGCAGUACCUUCAAGGUGGCCAUAGCAACAGCUUACCGGCAAUUUCCACUAGCCAUCCACAGCAACCAAUGCCGUAUAUGCCCAUGUAUGCUUCUCCCGUGUAUUACCCCUCAAUGCCACCACCAUCUAUGAUGCCGUACUCUGGAAGUAGCGGCGUGGAUGCUUAUAACACACCACCACAGCAAGAUGCUGCUCAUCGUGCUAGUAUGAUGAGUAGCUAUUAUCAACAGCCACCUCAAGGAUAUUAUCAUCCCUCACAUCGAUAG